AUCUGCUUGCGCCAAAAUUACAUUGAAGCCAUCGAAGGCCUGGAGGACCUCAAGGCCCUUACAUCUCUGGAAAUGCGCGACAAUAUGCUUGAAACAAUGGAAGGCGUUGAGAGCUGCACCAGCCUGACGGAUCUGGACGUGUCAUACAACGGUAUUCGCCGCAUCGAGCACCUCGAAGCUCUCACGGACCUGCGUCGUCUCUUUUUGGCCAACAACAAGAUCAAAACCAUUCGCAACGUGAACCAUCUGAGCAACCUGGUCAUGCUAGAGCUGGGUGCCAAUCGCCUUCGAACGAUCGACAACUUGCAAGGCCUCUCCAACCUUGAAGAGUUGUAUCUUGGCAAGAACAAGCUGACCGACUUGACCGGGCUUGAGGGACUCCCAAAGCUGCGCAUCCUGAGCAUUCAAAGCAACCGACUGACGAGCUUGGAAGGAAUCGAAGCUGUUCCGACGCUGCAAGAGCUGUAUGCCAGUCACAACGCCAUCGAAGACAUCUCCCUCUUGAACAAACUGCCCCAUCUGGAGAUUGUGGAUGUGUCUGGCAACCGAAUUCAGAACUUGGUCGACUUUGAAGGAUGCGCGAAUCUGCGCGAAUUUUGGGCCAGCUCCAACCAGGUGGCCGGCUGGCGAGAGGUCGACAAAUUGCGUGCCUGCAAGCAACUCACCUGCGUUUACUUUGAAAUGAACCCCAUUGCCAAGGAAACGAUGUACCGCAAGAAAAUGAUGUUGGCCCUGCCAAACCUGACACAGAUUGAUGCCACCCUUUGCACCAGCAGUGCCCGCUAG